ACUCCUCCCGCACCCCUGCGGGCCCUGAGGCGGGCAGGGCAGUGCAGUCCCCAGCUGCCCCUGCAGAAGCCGCGCUCCACAUUCGUUGCGAGGGGAGAGGGGGCGCGAGAGAGCAAGUGGGCGGGCGUGCCAUCCUCCGCAUCCUCCUCCAGGUCCUGGCGCGCCGGGUGGGAGCGCUGCGCGGCGCCGCGCUGCGUAUCGCGGCCCGCUUGUCGCCUGCCCCCUGCCCUAGCGGGGCCACCUCCCCGGGCUGCCGGUGGAGGGCUACGAGGCGCUAACGUUACGCUGUUUCCGGUUUUCCAGUGGGCUCGGUUUCCCCUCCCAAGGCGGCGGCGGCGGAGCGGUGGAGCCCCCCAAAUGGCCUGGCCAGAUGCGGCAGGUUUGCUGCUCAGCGCUGCCGCCGCCGCCACUGGAGAAGGCUCCGUGCAGCACCUACAGCGACAGCAGCAGCAGGAGCAGCAGCAGCAGCAGGAGCAGCAGCAGCAGCCGCAGCCACAGCAGCAGCGAGAGGAGCAGCAGCUGCAGCAGCAGCGAGAGCGGCAGCAGCAACAGCAGCAGCGGCAGCAGCAGCAGCAUCUCCCGUCCCGCUGCGCCCCCAGAGCCGCGGCCGCCGCAGCAGCCGCAGCCCCGCAGCCCCGCAGCCCGGAGAGCCGCCGCCCGCUCGCUAGCCGCAGCCGCCGGCGGCAUGAGGCGCGACCCGGCCCCUGGCUUCUCCAUGCUGCUCUUCGGUGUGUCUCUCGCCUGCUACUCGCCUAGCCUCAAGUCGGUGCAGGACCAGGCGUACAAGGCACCCGUGGUGGUCGAGGGCAAGGUACAGGGGCUGGCCCCCGCCAGCGGCUCCAGCUCCAAUAGCACCCGCGAGCCGCCCGCCGCGGGUCGGGUGGCGCUGGUGAAGGUGCUGGACAAGUGGCCGCUCCGUAGCGGGGGGCUGCAGCGCGAGCAGGUGAUCAGCGUGGGCUCCUGUGCGCCGCUCGAAAGGAACCAGCGCUACAUCUUUUUCCUGGAGCCCACGGAGCAGCCCUUAGUCUUUAAGACGGCCUUCGCCCCCCUAGACACCAACGGCAAAAACCUCAAGAAAGAGGUGGGCAAGAUCCUGUGCACGGACUGCGCCACCCGACCCAAGCUGAAGAAGAUGAAGAGUCAGACGGGACAGGUGGGUGAGAAGCAGUCGCUGAAGUGCGAGGCAGCGGCCGGGAACCCCCAGCCUUCCUACCGCUGGUUCAAGGAUGGCAAGGAGCUCAACCGCAGCCGGGACAUCCGCAUCAAGUACGGCAAUGGCAGGAAGAACUCGCGGCUGCAGUUCAACAAGGUGAAGCUGGAGGACGCCGGCGAGUACGUGUGCGAGGCCGAGAACAUCCUGGGCAAGGACUCGGUCCGGGGUCGGCUCCACGUCAACAGCGUGAGCACCACCCUCUCCUCCUGGUCGGGGCAUGCCCGGAAGUGCAACGAGACAGCCAAGUCCUACUGCGUCAACGGCGGUGUCUGCUACUACAUCGAGGGCAUCAACCAGCUCUCCUGCAAAUGUCCAAACGGAUUCUUCGGACAGAGAUGUUUGGAGAAACUGCCUUUGCGAUUGUACAUGCCAGAUCCUAAGCAAAGUAUGUGUCCUGUAGGAUACACCGGGGACAGGUGUCAACACUCCGCAAUGGUCAACUUCUCCAAGCAUCUCGGAUUUGAACUAAAGGAAGCCGAGGAGCUGUACCAGAAGCGCGUCCUGACCAUCACGGGCAUCUGUGUGGCUCUGCUCGUCGUGGGCAUCGUCUGCGUGGUCGCCUACUGCAAGACCAAAAAACAGCGGAAGCAGAUGCACAACCACCUGCGGCAGAACAUGUGCCCCGCCCACCAGAACCGAAGCUUGGCCAACGGGCCCAGCCACCCCCGCCUGGACCCGGAGGAGAUCCAGAUGGUGGACUAUAUCUCCAAGAAUGUGCCAGCCACAGACCAUGUCAUCCGGAGGGAAACCGAGUCCACCUUUUCGGGAAGCCAUUCCUGUUCUCCUUCUCACCACUGCUCCACGGCCACGCCCACCUCCAGUCACAGGCAUGAGAGCCACACAUGGAGCCUGGAGCGCUCGGAGAGCCUGACAUCGGACUCCCAGUCGGGCAUCAUGCUGUCAUCCGUGGGCACCAGCAAGUGCAACAGCCCCGCGUGCGUGGAGGCGCGGGCGCGGCGGGCCGCAGCGUACAGCCUGGAGGAGCAGCGCAGGGCCGCGGCGCCGCCCUACCAUGACUCCAUCGACUCGCUGCGGGACUCGCCGCACAGCGAGAGGUACGUGUCGGCGCUGACCACGCCCGCGCGCCUCUCCCCGGUGGACUUCCACUACUCGCUGGCCACCCAGGUACCCACUUUCGAGAUCACGUCCCCCAACUCGGCGCACGCCGUGUCGCUGCCCCCGGCCGCGCCCAUCAGCUACCGGCUGGCCGAGCAGCAGCCGCUCCUGCGGCACGCGGCGCCGCCGCCGGGGCCCAGCGCGGACAUGCAGCGCAGCUACGACAGCUACUACUACCCCGCACCGCCGGGGGGCCCGGGGCCGCGGCGCGGGGCGUGCGCGCUGGGCGGCAGCCUGGGCAGCCUGCCCGCCAGCCCCUUCCGCAUCCCUGAGGACGACGAGUACGAGACGACGCAGGAGUGCGCGCCGCCGCCGCCGCCGCGCCCGCGCGCCCGCGGUGCGUCCCGCAGGACGUCGGCGGGGCCCCGGCGCUGGCGCCGCUCGCGCCUCAACGGGCUGGCGGCGCAGCGCGCUCGGGCCGCGCGGGACUCGCUGUCGCUGAGCAGCGGCUCGGGGGGCGGCUCGGCGUCCGACGACGACGCGGACGACGCGGACGGGGCGCUGGCGGCCGAGAGCACGCCGUUCCUCGGCCUGCGCGCGGCCCACGACGCGCUGCGCUCGGACUCGCCGCCGCUGGGCCCCGCGGGCGACAGCAGGACUUACUACUCGCUGGACAGUCACAGCGCGCGCGCCGGCAGCAGCAGACACAGCCGCGGGCCGCCCCCGCGCGCCCCGCAGGACUCGGCGCCCCUCUAGGGCCCCGCCGCCGCGCCCCCUCCGCCCCACUGGCUUGAAGGAGAACAGAGACCACCGACUGGAAAGAGAGAGAGAGAGAGCGAGAGAAAGAGAGGAGGAGAAACAGAAAUAAAAAUAUUUUUAUUUUCUAUAAAAGGAAAAGGUAUAACAAAAAAUGUUUUAUUUUCAUUUUAGCAAAAAUUGUCAUACUAGCUAACGGCAAAGACGUUUUUAUAGGGAAACUAUUUAUAUGUAACAUCCUGAUUUACAGCUUCGGAAAAAAAAAAGAAACAACAAAAAAAAAAGAGAUGAGCCAAUUUUUUGACUCUUUAAUAGAAACCUAUAUUGUGGUGCCUUUUGCUGUACGCUAACCUGGAGCUCCUGGAGAGAAGUCGGGGUGCGGCGGGGGAAGGGACACAGCCAGCUAAGAGGAGGCUUGGGGUUCUGGUGGGGGAGAAGAGAGGUUGGCCCCAGCCAGGAAUUGGACCGAGUAGCUCAGCCCUUUUGCAAGCUCUUUGGAGCCUUGGGUCCCCUGGGUAGAAGAUGGGGGUCCUGCGCUUGAACUAGUUGGGGGCCAAGCCACAUCCUGGGGGGACACCAAAGCCCAGCCACAGCAUCCCGCAGGGGAGGGGCCACCCCGCUCCUCACAGCUGGCAUGGCAGGGGAUAACAAGAAAGCUGCUUCCCAGUAGCCCCGUCGCCCCGUGCCCAAGCCCGUGCGCGGCUCCCCCUCCCCCACGGCCUCCAGGGCGUCCCUGUCUGCAGCACCUCCGUUUACAGGUCGUCUUUUCUAUUGUACGCCUGCAUGUCCUUUGCAUUUCAGAUUCUUUAGAUUGGAUGCAUGGUCACGCUGGGACCGAGAAGAGCCACUGGAAAGUGUAUUUGACUCCCCUUUUUAGCAAUAAACGCCAUUUCCUUCCCACAGCCCUACUCCCAGUCCCCAACCCGCCCCCAACUCCACUCCCCCUCCAGCCCUGUCCCCCAAAACUGGGUCCACAUAGAUUUGUCAAAAAGGUCAUUGUUUUUUUUUUUAAAAAAAAAAAAAAGAAAAAAAAAAAAGAACAAAUCUCCCAAAGAAAUGGGAACCCUGCCCUGAAAUGUCCACACUCCUGACUGUUGACACUUGAACGUUUUUAUAUGAUAAAUAAACUCAGAAAUCACGUAUGUUUGACUCUGUGUGCGAGCCCCCAGGUGAGGAGGGAAGGCAGCAGAGCCCGGAGAGCUAGUUGAUGGUGUGCAGCGUGGAGAAGAUCAGGCCCUCCCAGCCCCCCAGCCCCCAUCUCCUUGGCCCUAGCUCCCAGGACAGGCUCCAAGCUUCCUCCCGCUUCCAAGAACAUUCACAAGGUGUCCCCCCUGGCUCCCGGGGAACCAGGCCAAGGGACUGACGCAAAUGACUCUGCUUUGAGCUCAGCCGCAGAACCCUGGCCCAGUUCCUGGCCUGGAGCUACAGGGGCCGGACUGAGGCAACAGUUUCCGGGCCUAGGUGGGUGAGGAGGGAAGGGUUGUGCAGUUGGUACUGGGUUAAGAUGACCCUUGGGGCCUCAGGCAUGUCACAGGCAAAGUCUGGACAUGCAAGGUGGCAUAAUGGGUACCCUCGGCUGCCAGAAGGACCACAGCUGCUGCGGCUUGUCAGCCCACGGAGUAUUAUGCUUUCCCCGACUCCGUGCCCCCUCAGAGCCAGGGCCUGUCUCAACCUGAUGAAGAUUUCAGGCGUGGAGAAAGCAUAUGGAGGUCCAGGGUGAAGAAGCCUUUUCCCUCAUUGAUUAUUAACCCACGCCCAGUGCCAGGAGCCAUUAAGUUCCAGCUAGACAUGAGGGUGUCUGCUAGCCAAAGAGCUCGGGUGGUUGGAGUGUGUGUGUGGGUGCGCGCGCAUCUGUGCCCAAGCUACCCCAGGAUGUGUGCUCCGUUCGGAGAGUCACAGAGAGCGGGGCUGAGAGGCUCGGAAUUGAGAGGGCUCAGGUAGCCACAGGGCCUAGGUUCAAAUCCCAGGUCCUGCUGGCCUGGGCCGUGACAGCCCAGUGACAACCAGAGGAAACUAGGCCCUGGUUUCCUCAGCUGUGCAGUGGUGAAACUAUUACCUACCUCAAAGGGCUGCUGUGGAGAGUUAUAUAUAUAUAAAGCACCCAGUGUUGUUUCUGGCACAUGAUACUUGUUAAUGGUUAAUUUGGUGAUGGUAAUGAUGGUAGGCUGGGCCUUGCAUUCUUGAAUCACAGCUUGGCAAAACCUGGAUGAAAGGAAGGUGAUGGAGAAAAGAACUAAAGUUGUAUUCAUUGUUGGGGGUACUGGAAAAAAGUAUGUUAUAAAGAAACAAGGAAAAAUAAUGAACUAAAUAGUAUAUAAACUUGCAAAGCAUUGGCCUUUCCCGGCCCCCAGCUGAUGAUUUUAUCCAAUAUUGGCUGAGUUUGCUGUUGGCUUUAGAUAUUUUUUCAAGAGCCAGUAAUUCCUCUCCAUCCUGACCCCUAUGUGACUCGAGUAAUUCUGAGCGACCUCUUGGUGAACCCGCUGACCUCAUGACAGCUUUGCGUCUUCAUUUGCCCCCUUUUCAAGGCUCUGAGCUGUUACCUUCUAAAGUCCCAGUCAGAAACGUGUCAUGACCCCAACAAAAUAUGUCACCCCGAAUAAUUCUAAAGGAGCACUUGAUGCACUUAUUCAUCUUGCCAUGACCCCAGUUGGCACUUUGGUUAUCUGUUCAGAAUUCUGAGCUUCAGGCUGAGAGUAUCAAGUCAGAAGGGAACUUCUAGUCCUGCCACUCUUUGCAAGUCCCAUCACCCACAAGUGAGAAUGGGGCCUGGGCCCCCUUUCUCUAGUCAGCCUCUCAGAAUUCUUGCUGCCUGGCGGCAUUUUUAGUCACAAGUUAAGUGACUUCCCUCCCACCACCCUGCCCCCCUCAGAUAUUCAGAGGUGGAGCCUUUAUCCCCAACUCCAAAAGCACCCUCUUUUAGCCAGGUCAUGUCUAAAAGGCUGAGGCUCCUCCCCAGCCCUCCCAAAGUCCCAUAAGGAAAUGGUGACUCCUGCCCCUUCCCCACUAGACUGUGAGCCCCAUGUGGACAGCAAACUGGCCCCGUCCUUAUCCCCUCACAGUGCCCGCGAGAACCCAGCACAGCUGACUUCACCGAAUGAGAGGGUGGAGGCUCAAGAGAUGCUAGUCGCCAUCCCGGGUCAGCCCCCAGGACCUCCUGCGGCUCCCACCGAUCACUGCAUCUCAUCUGCUGUCCUCCAGCCCCCUCGAAGGCAGUCCUGGAAAAUGGGCAUACGAGGGGCAGAGGUUGUAGGAGGAACAUGAUGGUCCAUUUAGAAUGCAGGAAAAAAAAAAUUAGAACUUUUAGAUUUAUUUUCAUCUCAUCUUUUUUAAAUUUCUAUUUUUGUGUAUGUUUUAUAAUGUACAUAAUAUUUUAGUACAGUAGUACAUGUAUAUAAUUUACAAUAAAUAAUUAUACAAUUAAUAAAUGAACUAAAAAAAUUUUUUUUUCUUUUUACUGCUGGGAGGCACAGCUAGUGCUCAGGGAAGCAAUCAGUUUGCAGCAGAUGCGACCUGCCCCUCCGCUUCCUCUCACCCCCUCAAGAGCCGGAGGGCGGGAUGCUGACCUCCGAACUCAAAAGGAGCAAGUCCAGCUCUUUUAGGUCACCACAUUACUC